CAAAAACUGAAACUACUUCGUCACCUGUUGGGCAAUGAAGGUCAACGUUAUUUCGAUGCGUUAGAUCUGCAGAAAUUCGACACACUUACAAAGGCAUGGGAUGUACUCGAUCAGUCAUGGGGUGCACGGCCAAACAUUUUCGCUGAACGCUACAAGUUCUGCUGUUUGAGGCAAGAAGAUGCAGAGCCACUGGAACAAUUUGUCGCUCGUUUAAUUCGGUCUGUAAAAACCUGUGACUAUACUAGCAUCCCGAAGAAUCAACUUGAGAGUGUUAUGCUGACGCAGCAGUUGAUAACCGGUAUAAAGGAUAAUCGUAUACGCGAAAAGCUACUUUCCGAAGAUCCGUCAAAACUUACCUGGGAGAGAGCCAUAGAGAUCGCAAGACUAAUAAAAGCCGCCGUUGAACAUUCGAGCCUAUUCAAGUCGAGUGAUAUACUAGAAGUCAGUAAGAUUCAGCACAAGGGUUCCAGUCAACGUCAGAAUUCGACUGUUUCGUGCUAUAGAUGUGGGAGUUCUCGCCACAAAGCUGACUGUCAAACAUGUCCGGCUCGUACAGC